CUUUCUGCGACUAUAGCUGUCGCGAGUAGGCGAAAAGAUGGCGCCUUCCCCAACGAAGAGGAAGGAGGAUGACAAGAGCAAACAGCGAGUGAAGGAGAAGUCAGGAGCCACAAAAGACGGGGCCGACAAAGACCGGGGCCGAGAGAAGAACCGUACACGGCGCAGUGCUUCCAGUGGGAGCAGUAGGUCCAGCUCCAGCUCCAGCAGCAGCUCAGGCUCCAGCUCUGGCUCCUCCAGCGGCUCCAGCUCCUCUGCCUCCAGCCACUCAGGCUCGUCCAGCUCCCGCUCCUCUUCUUCUUCCUCCUCAUCCUCCUCGCCGAGCCCCAGCCGCCAGCGCCACAACAACAGACGACGCUCACGCUCAAAGUCAAAAUCAGCAAAGAAGGAUGACAGAGACCGACGACGUAGGAGCCCCACACCCAAACCCACCAAGGUGUACCUGGGCCGGCUGACGAGAAACGUCAUCAAGGAACACAUCCAGGAGAUUUUCUCCACCUAUGGCAAGAUCAAGAUGAUUGACAUGCCAAUGAACCGCAUCCACCCUCACCUGUCCAAAGGUUACGCCUACGUGGAGUUUGAGACACCCGAGGAGGCGGAGAAGGCCCUGAAACACAUGGACGGAGGUCAGAUUGACGGUCAGGAAAUCACAGUCACGGCCGUGCUGACUCCGACAGUGCGCCCUCCUCCUCGCAGGCUGUCCCCUCCCCGCAGGAUGCCUCCUCCACCCCCGAUGUGGCGACGCACGCCGCCUCGAAUGAGGAGAAGGUCUCGGUCUCCACGGCGACGCUCUCCAGUACGACGCAGGUCUCGAUCCCCUGGCCGCCGCCGUCACCGGUCACGUUCCAGCUCCAACUCUUCCCGCUAAUGAUUAUUGAACCCCCCCACCCCCACCCUCACCCCACCCCACCGUCUUGAUCUGCUCCUCUACUGUGUCCUGUUGAUCAGUGUCGGUGUGACCAUGCGAACAUGCAGGAAAUACAGGUUUUUGUAGUUAACCGUCCGUCUCCCAUUGAGUGAUGAGAGCAUGGACAUCAAAAUCAUUACUGUGUCACUCAGUAGAUUGUUUGAACCAGUGUUUCGUGCUGACAUCAGAGUAUGCACUGUAUAAUGUGAGAAGCAGCAGCUCUAUCUGAUGGAGCUAAAUGGUGAUAGUAAUCUUACAGUAAAUAAUACGUUAUUGGUGGAGAGUGGAGAAACUGAAUUAUAGUUAUGUAAAUAACUUCCUGUAUGUAAAUGCCAGAUCUGCUUUACAUGUUCCAGCUAGAACUGAUGAACAUGAGGUGCUGAUAAUAAUUUUUAGGAGUUUAAAAUAUUUGAUAAAGACGUAUGUGCAGAUAAUAUUUUUUAAACAUUAAGACAUAAUAAAACAGUGUGACCAAAACACACACUAAGUGGGACGAAUUACAGUGUAAAAAUAAACUUGUCAGCGCUCUCUGGUGGAUAAACUACGACAGACUGUCUGUAAAUGACCUAAAAUCUACUUUGGCCAUUCUGUACUGCAAUUUCUUGUUAUUUAUGGGCUGACAUAUACACUGUUACCAGUUCACCUGCAAUGAGCUAAUAUUGCUCAGGUAUAUGACAAAUAUGCACAGGUGAAGGCUAAAAAUACAUUUUCAUUAGAAGUGCUAAAAUGUUGUGCUUUAGUGUCAUUGCUUUACUGAGUCAGACCUAAAACUAUAUCUUGUGCUGUAAACACACCAGUAUGUAGUUGAUAUGUCAUUUAAAAAAAUGUGAAAGCCAUGUAUCAAACCCUGAAGACAAUAGUCAAGUUUCCACGAAAAUUUUAAAUACAUUUCCUGAAAAUCUGCAAAAAAAAAACCAAAACAAAUCAAUGCACAUUUCCAUCCAAUUCAGCCGAGUCCAAAAACGUACUAAAUGUUUUAUCACCCACCAUCACAUGCACAGAGCAAAUUAUCUGCUGGGUAAACAUGAUUGAAUCUCAUGUCACUGCUGUCAUCACUGAAACAGUAAACCCACCAAUGACUUUAAAACAUUCUUAAAGUAAAUCUACAGUUUAAUACGUCAAACAGUGUUCUCUGAAAUCCAUCUGGCAGGACCAAGAUGUUCACUUUUAUUUCUGUCCAGUGGCAUUUUAAUAUAAUAAUAAUAAUAAUAAUAAUAUAAUAUAAUCUUAUAAGAUGUUAAGUUGUGCUACUGGUCAUAUUUUAACUAUACAUCAAUACUGAGUUUUGAAACAAGCCGUACUGUAACCCUCCUCCUCAGUUAAUUUGCCUAUAUGGAAAUAAGAGAUCUAGAGGGGGUGGGACAAAAUAACAUCUGUACCAUAUAGUUCACUGUGGUGAAUGAGAGUCUGGUGGCUCCCACACUCUUAAUUCUUGGGUGGGGAUUGUAUUAAAACACCUAUGUUUAACAUACUGUAUGAUGUCAUAGCAGAGUUUGUAACUGCAUCACCGUUUACAGUAAAUCAUUAAAAAGGCAGCUAUACAUGCGAGUUAUAUUCAGUAGAGUACCAGUUAGCAAUAUAUGUCUGUUCUAAUAUACAGUAAGUUCAAAAAUUACAUAGUCAUCAUUAGAUUGUCAAUACAAAGAGGUAAGAGUGUCACUCGCUAAAUUACUGAUGCAUCAGGAAUUUUUGUUCCUUUUCCCACUUGUUUUUUUUUUUUUUAAUAUAUAUAUAUAUAUGUCACACUGUGAACUUCUGAUCCAGAUGUUUGUGGUUUUAGUUUAGGGAGCAACAGUUGUGUUUAAUCGUUGCCUCUGUGGUGGACUGAUGCAAUCUGCAUGACGUGGUGUGUGUACAUGUGCCUCAUUUUGUAUUGCUGGCUUAAUGUGCCGUUCAACUUGCGACUUGACAAUAAAUGUCAUUGUUUUAACUUAACUUUAA